AUGUUACGAAAUACACUUUUUCCAAGCCUACGAUGUUCUAAAAGAUAUCUAAGCAGGUCUUUACCAGCGUCAAAUAAAGAUAAUAAUACCUUUCCAAAACCUAACAAAGGUGCUAAUAAUGGUAAUAUUGACGAUGCCAGUAAGAUGUAUUCUGUACAAGAGAGCACAAUGUUCACUGAAAUUUUUGAAGCCAUUGAGAAGAAAUUUAAAAAAGCAGAGGCUAAUGAGCCAGAGAUGAUUGAUAAAUUUUCCAAAAUGGGUGUAGAUAUUAAAGACAAUGAGGGAAAACCAAAUACUGCUAAGUCUUUACAGGUACUAUUUGGAGCAAAUAGAAGUAUUAGCAAGAAAGACAGUAGAUUAUUAAGUUUUUUCAGAGAUACUGCUGGAGAGAAUCGUGAAUUAAAUGAAUCCCCAACCUUAACGAAUGAUGAUAUCAGAAAAUAUCCAGUAUCAUUAUUAUCUAGUUCAUUGAAUGUUAGUGAGACAAAGAAAGAUUUGAAUUCAACAAUAUCUGGUCUAGGGAAGCUUGAAGUUCCAACAGCGGAAAACAUUGGUUAUUCAAUGAAUUUGACUAUAAAGGAACAGACAUUGAAGAAUCUAGAGAAUAAACAAAAAUUAAGGAUUGCUUUAGAUGAUGCAUUAUCCCCACAUAUCGAAAUUAUGAAACAAUUGAUCAGGACCGAUUAUGAUGCUUUGGAAUAUGUAAAGAAUAAAAUAAUAAGUUUCCCAUCAAAGAGAGAAAAUUAUCAUAUGAACAAGGAUAUAGGUCUAUCAGAAACAAUUGAAGAGAUCAAAGAAAAUUGCUCCAUAAGACCUAAUGAACUUCCAUCUCCAGGAGAAAUAACAUUACCUCAUGUUAUUGUAACGCUUCUUGCUUCACCAGAUUUUGUAUUCUCAAUGGAUAGAAAAUACAAUUUAAUAUCCUACAUUUAUAACGAAUGUAAAAAAUCAACAAACAUGGAGCUAUAUCUAAGUGUAUGCAACGUUGAUUUUUACAAUAUUUUAUUGCAACUUUCAUGGGAUAAUUUUAAAGAAAUUAAUUUAUUAAAACAGAUUAUUACUGAAAUGAGUAUCAAUGGUAUAAUUGGCGAUAUCCAGACAAUAGAAGUUCUUGACAAUAUAGUAGAUGAUUUAAGAUAUCUGAAUGACCACAUGUUGGAUUAUGAAUUAAAGGACCCAACCAUUCAAAAGGAUAAACUUUCAGUCAAUUUACUGUGGUGUCGUGAAAAUAGCAUGAGUUUUUCUACUGUAGAGAAUUACUUACAAAAAUUAAAAGAAAGUUUAACCUGA